CCUUUAUCAAAACGAAACUAAAUGGUUGCACAGUUUAGGAUCGGUUUCAAAUUUGAAAAAUGCUGAAUGCGACUCAAGAAUAAACGACGGACAUCGAUCAUAUAGAUUGCUACGGUAAAGAAAAUAUAGCCUUGAUAAUUUGUUCCUAUAUACUGCAGAAGUAGAUUUAGCGACCCCCGGGAACAGGAAAGUUAGUUGGCUCUACCUCAUAGCAACGAAAGACGCACAACAACAUACUUGCACCAUGGCAAAUGCGUCAUUGAAAGAGGUAUUUUCAGACGUCAUUCUCACUGUAGAUCCGAACACUUUCAAAGAGCCCAACCAGGUGAAGUACCUUCUCACUGGAUGUGGUAACCGCGUUACAGGAACCUUGCAUUACGAAGUGCGAGGAUCAUUUGAUGAAAUAGAGGACCUGUUUGUGAAGAUGUCAAGUCUAGACAGAUAUGCCGCCCCCAAUCUCAGAGACAGUCCUCUUCGUCACCUACAGCGUCCUCGGUCACCUAGUCCAGUGAAACCAGUGGCGAUAGUUGGAGCCGUUUGGGAUUUCAUCCAACAGAGAUGCUCAAAGGAGUUGAAGAGAAUCCAAGGGGAAGAUGUCUUAAUUCAUAAACCUCGUGACAAAAUGGAGGUGACCUUUCAAAGCCACAGAAAAGACUCGGUUCGGGUUCAUUUCGCCAGAGAGCGCUUUGUCACGUUCUAUCAGAGACUCGCUACAGAUCUGAAAGUGCAGACUUACAGUUUGGAUCCACAAUACUACAAAAGCUUGCAGAGACAGUUUCCAGAACUUUUGAUUGAAGGAGGCCCCAGUAAAGACAAUAUUACAGUGACAGGGCGCUACAUGCACAUUGUGAUGUUGGAGGAUUUUCUACGGCACGGUUCCAGUUCCCCUGUGACAUCACAACGACCCCUGACACCCCAGAGAGUUAGCCCCCGAGCCUCUGGUACUACACGCAACAAGCAAUCGGACGACGAAGAAGAAGAGUCAUGUCCGAUUUGUCUGGACACCAUUAAAGAGGACAGAAAGAAGACGUUGGCAUGUAAACACUCGUUCUGUAGAUGCUGUCUGGAGGUGGCGUUCAAGACCAAACCGGUCUGUCCAACCUGUGGGGCAGUCUAUGGGGAACUGAAGGGGACGCAGCCAAAGGGCGGGACUAUGGCUGUUACUCAGGAAAGAUCUUCUUUGUCUGGAUAUGAUAAGUAUGGAACAAUCGUGAUUCAGUACCACAUUCCAAGUGGAAUACAGAAGGAGGAGCAUCCCAACCCAGGUCAGACUUACCGGGGUGCAUCACGUACAGCGUAUCUCCCAGAUUCCUCAGAGGGCAGGAAUGUUCUGGCUCUCCUGAAGAGGGCCUUCGACCAGCGACUCACGUUCACUAUUGGCCGAUCUUCCACCACAGGCAUGGAAAACAUGGUCACGUGGAACGACAUCCACCAUAAAACCUCCAGGAGCGGAGGCACCAGUUGCUAUGGAUACCCUGACCCCGACUACCUGAGACGUCUACAGGAUGAACUGAAGGUCAAAGGAAUCUAUUGACAUGUCGUCUGCGCGUCUCGCAACUACCGAUAUGCAAGAAUGAAGAAAGAGACGUCACAAAUACAUGUGGUACACACAGCUGCUUCAGGUUAACUCUUGUGAAAUGAAGAUUGUUACGUUUCCCCAACAAGAAAACCAAAUAAUGACACUAAAACAGAAGGGGUACUUAACAGUCACUGAUAAUCAGAACAAAACAGGUUUUAGGAGGGGUUCUGAAAGACAGUCAUGGGCGUGUCCCACCGUGCUAAUGACACCCACCGUAGUAACGACACCCACCGUAGUAACGACACCCACCGUAAGAGCACUGGGCUAGCCACUCUUAAAUAUCACCGAAACCAUCUUACCACUAACAAGAUGGUAACCAGCAUAAGUGUAACACAUACUAACGAGGUACCACCACUCAGUGUGCCCUACGUGCUAACUUGCUAAAAAAAAAAAAAAAAAAACGACCAAAUUUUUAUUUGUAGGCUGUCACUCAAAAGAAAACAACACUAAGAAAUACACUGAGUUUAAGAUGUAAUAAAAUAACAGAAAAAGAACCCCCCUUAUCUCCCACUCACAGAAACCGUUCGGCGUAAAGAAAUUAACAAAUUGUGGUUUCUUCUUUUAAUUUAUUGAACAUAAACAAGUACAUAAGCUACUAUUUUCAUAACUUGUAAAAAAGCCCCCCCAAAAAAGCUGAAUUCAUUUGAAGAAUAAAGAAAAAGCCAUAAAAACUCAAUUACAGAAAAUAUUUGGCCUUGUUUGUUGUGACAAUAUAUUUAGUAUGCAUUGUUAUAUUACCAUUCAUUCAUGUCUAUAAGGCACCAAAUGAUAAGUAGCAUAAUAACAUAAUACUUAAAAAAAAAAAAUGAAAUACAAAAAAAACAUUCAGAUAAAAGAGAUCAAAAAUCAAAGUAUACCACUGACCAUCAUAUACAUCUCCAACUGAUUAACAUUUCCUGUGAAAUAUUUGACUUAAGUUCGUACUUUUGAGUUCCUUUUUUUUUUUUUUUUUUUUAUUGAUAUUCAUGACGUCAUCCCUUGGUGCACUUGAUUUAUGUUCCAGUUGCAACAGUAUACCCUUCUUCAUUAGAUACAUGAUACUGUGGUACUGCUAAAAAAAAAUGCCAAGAUAUCCUUAUAAAAUGUCAGUAAUACAGAUUAUGAACAACAUGUAACAAAACGCCUUUGGAAUAAUUAAUAAACCAAAGUCACGAAACCAACGUCCACCUGUGUGCUGAUCCGGUUCGUGUUACUAUUCCAACGACCGGUAUUAAAACAAUAUUCAUGUGAUUUGGCCACUGAAUUAUGGAAUACAAAAUGAACAACGCGUUGCUAAUUAACUCCCCGUCGGUGUUUAUAUUUGUUACAAUAACCUGACAUAUAUUUCAAAUGGUAAAAUCAUUAGUCAUUCAUUUUUGUUUUAUAAAAAAAAUAUAUAUAUGACCUGUUUUUUUACAGUACUGUUUUUUUUGCUAGGAAACUUAAGACUUGUAUCAUGUACAGAGUGGUUGGUGUCCUCUAUGACCAAUGUUGACUUUCAACUAACAUCCAUUCUUAGAAAUAUAUCAUUUACAAUGAACAUAAGGGUUAGAAUACAUCAAUCUGAGCUCUGAUUGGUCAUUAAAAUCACAGCAAUAUAUAUAUAUAUAUAUAAACAACAGCAGCAAACACCAAUGCUUAAUAUGUAUAGAAGCCCCAGAACAAAAGGAAACUAUUUUAAAAUGUUAUUUUAAAUUGGGGUGUCGAUUAUACAAUCCACCCAUAGUUUUAAAUCAAAAGUACAAAUAUCAAUCUGAAAUGUUUUAUUUUAUAUUUGAAAAUAGGUGUUGGAACUGGUUGUGAGUGGUACGUGCGUGAAACUGUGUGAAUUGACAAAUGGAUCACAUCCAUACUGUAAUAUGUAUAAAUUCUUGACUGCAAUCAAAGUCUUCCCCAUUGUAAACCAGUAGCCCCCCUUAUAAAAGGAGAAGAAACCAAUA